GUUUACGUUAAUGAUAUUGCACCACAUUUUAUCUUUUCUUUAAAUUUAUCAAUCACUCUCAUUUAACUUUCCCGCCCAACGUCCGGCGCCGGUUCGAUAACAUUUCACACAUUCAACUGAAAUUUGCAAGGGCUUGAAUUGGAGCUCAGAUAGAACGAGCCAGUUUAAAUAAGUAUUGGGUUCAUUUUCAUCACAAGUCAAGUUUGAUGCUAUACUAGUAUUGGGGCUGACUUUGAGCUGUAUUUUUUGGAUUCCAACUGAUAGCUUUGUUCAAGUUCGGCCCCGAUCAAAUCCAGACCUAUUUAUGUCCACAAAAAGCUAUUUUUUAAUCUUUCUUUCAUUUGAAGAGAUUAACAUUCACAGUGGUUGUUAAAGAUAAUGUCAAUCUGGGGUUUCUUUUUUCUUUUGAUAGAGGCUUGGUCCUUUGAAGAGUAAGCUCUUUGCGUCACGGAUUCUGAACCUCCAACCUUAGCUUUCAAAACGAGGUCUUAUUAGAAGAAGAAUUUGGCUUAAGUUGGCCAACCAUAAAAUCAACCUUAAGCUAUUUACCGUUUGAUGGACUGUGAUGGAUGAAGUGGAGCUUCCUUUUAAGGUUGACCAACUGGUAGAGUCGAGAUCUUUCCUUAGGGGUUAUCGUGGUGCAUGGUUUCGAUGCAAGAUAAAGGAGAUUGGUUCGAGGAAAAAGGAGACUGUGCAUGCCUUGGAAUUUUAUGAUUUUCCAGAUGAAAAAAUACGGUGGACAAAGUUAUAUCAGAAGCCCUCUUCUGGUAAUAAAUCGAAGGUGAUAAAUAGGCAAUUAAUGGUUCGCCCGUACUUUCCUCCUGUUUAUCGUGAAUGUCAAAAGCCUGAUAUCAAUACCAUUUCAGAAGUAGUGGUCAUUGUCAGAGAUGAAUGGAAGGUGGGAGAUUUGGUUGAUUGGUGGGCUGAUAAUUGUUAUUGGUCUGCUACGAUAACAAAAAUAUUAGGGGAUGGGAAGGCCCAGAUUGAUUUCCCAGAACCUCCAGUGGGGGAGGGAUCAUCUUAUGAAGUUCUCUGCAGCGACCUACGCCCAUCCUUAGAUUGGUCUCUGAAUGAUGGCUGGACUGUACCUAUUCCUGAGAGAGAAGGCUGUCAUUGCUGUGCUUGGUUAAUCAAGCCGGUGAAUCAAGGAGGCUUGCAAAAGUCAGCCGCAUAUUCUGUUGAUGAAGUGAGAAAGGAUGCUCAAAGAACAGCUGAAGGGUCAACCGAUUUUAAUGCGUCAUUCUCUUCUCAUGUUUCAGCUAGUUCACUACCACAUAUAGAUAGAUCGGAGAGACUUGCGAAGCGACCUUUCAGUCCUGCUGCAUGCCAGGAAACAUGUACACUGGAAAAAAAUAUGGGCUUUGAUGUGGUGGAUGUUGGUAAUGGGAAAUCUAGCUAUUCAGACAGUGUGUCAAGUUCACAUGUUCGAGAUGCAAUGGCUGAAAUGGCCGGAAUUGCUGCUGAGAAAAACAGUUGUCAGAAUAGUGGAUCCCCAAAGAAGGCAAGAGAUGAUGGAAGCAUUCCUUUAAAUUCUUUGUUUGAUGAUACAAUAGAAGCAGCAAUCUUGGAUUUGGAGGAGCUUGUAAACCGGGUGAAAUGGAUUAAGGGUAUUUUACAUGUGGGGAAUUAUCCUCCAUUAUAUACUCGGCCUUCAUGGAAAUUUUUGAAACAUCGGUCAUCAUCACUACCAAAAUGAGUCCACUUCUCAAAGAAAGGUGAAUUCACAUGACUUAUUAUCACUCUUGGUUAUAAGAUAAAAUUUCAUCCAGUUCGACAAAACUUCUGUCUUAGUGAGUUUCAUCAUAGAAAUUGUACUGCUGUCGAUGGCUGAAUUGAAUCUACAGUCAAGCUGGGAUGUGCAAUGCCUGCAUUUAUAUUUCUCAUUUAUUAUCGCACAUCUUAGAGGGGAAGCGAAUUUAGCGGAGUAAACUUUCCAGCUUAGUUUUACUUUCUGGUAAAAAUUUCCUUAGUUGGAUUCAUUUUUAGCCCAGGAUUUAUUUGCUUUCAACUUGUUAGGGAGGGAUUGUGAUGGAAGUAUCAAUUUCUGGAGAUGUUGUAGAGGGAGCAGUAAGUUCUGGCGAGAGAUAGUGGAGGAAUACUUUUAAUAUUCAACUUCAUGUAUAUACGUUGUGCAUAUACAUUAUAUAUAAUCCCCAAAAAUUUUACAUUUUUGGUAAGCA